UUUUGUGCUUAAUAAUAAUAGAUUGGUAGGCAGUUUGCUGCACCCUUGAGUGGAAGCAAACCAGGUUCUCAUAAGGUGAUGCAAUAACUUUCUAUGUUUUCCAUGUCACUGCCUGAAUGUUCCAAAUGCUUUUCUUCACCAGAUUCGUCAGUUAUAGGAUUCACCAGAUAACUUUCUAUGUUUUCCGGUUUAAAAUACAGUAAUUGUUUAAAAAUGGAUGUACUUCUGCCCUAGAUACAUCUAUUUUUCGCAAUUAUCUUAAACCGGAGAAAGUAUAGUACUUUUCUAUGGAAUAAUUUAUGUGCUAAGUGUUCCAGUAAGUCACUGUUGCACAUGCAAGAAAAAGUAUUUCUAAUAAAAAAUAUUGGUACUUACUCCUGAGCAUGUUUGAUUGACUAUAUAUGACAGAUAUACAACUACCAAUUGCCUUUUAAGGUCUUUACAAAUGCUCCACAUUGUUAUUGAUGUUAUUCCACAUUACAAAUAUCAUACUCUUUAUCCUAUGUGGUGCAUAAUUAAAUAAUGAGGAGAGAAGACAAAAUCGUCUUAUAUCUAGAAAUCAUCUCUUACGCUUAUAUCUAGAAAUCAGCUUCCAUGAGAUGCCCGAAAUGCUUUUGUUCGCCCGAUUCUGUUCAGGAGCCUUUUUCUGUAACUUGCUUGUUAUGGUGGCUGCGUUUUGGUGCUAUGAUAGCCAUGCCCAGCUUUAGAUGUUGCCUGUAGUAUAUGACACUGUUUUAUUUGUACUAGGUUGUAUGCAGUUAUGCACUUUUAUAACAUCUAACUUGUUUCUUGUCUAAUGUUUGAAUAACACAUUAUAUACUGAUGUUCAAAUUUAGCUAAUCCUAAUUCAUACAAUAUUAAUUUCAACUGAGUGAACUUCUUACUGGAUUGCUUCUUCCCUUCUUACCGGAUUUCUUGUUGCAAUAUCCUCUGAAGCAUUUAUUUUAUUGCGUUCUACAUCCUGAUUCGUGUUCUGUUGGUAGGCCAAUACAGUACAUCCUGAUUUGCAUUAGUUCUAUUGCAACCCAUCUCAACAAAUUGUGUUAGAUCACAGGUCCAGAACACAACGCGAAUUCGUGGAUUCGUGAAAGACGGGGUUUUUGCACAAUGCGAUAGUAGACUGAUUAUCAAUCUUCAGUACUGAUUUUUCAGCCUCAUGACCAAGUAGCUCACCAAUUAACCUGCUUAGCCAUAUCCCCUGACACGAAGCAGCUGUAGCAGCCACAUGCUCUGCUUCACAAGAGGAUAGAGCGACAAUUCUUUGCUUCUGAGAUGUCCACGACACUGGGCAAUUACCAAAGAAAUACAGGACCCCCGUAGUGCUUUUUGCUGUAACAUUUAUGCAUGUUUGGCUUCUUGUACUUGUGUUUAAAAGAUUGUUUCCAAGAUAUUGAAGUGCUAAAGUAUGCCUGCUUUCGUUUUGUGUUUUUUUUCUUCUGAAUAUGACUCAAUUUCUGAUCGUACCUACACAAGGGCAUAAGGAUGAGUUCAACGGUGGAUGCUGCUGUAAGGAAAGGCUCUGUUGUCUUAACAAGGACGGAAAGUAUAACCGAAUACACAAACAAUGGUGGACAACCCAGAUCUGGUACUCAAGGACAAUCCGACACUCCAGUGUCAGCUAAUGACAUGUGUGCCCUGGAUGAAUGGCCAUCCCAUGCUCGCCGCUAUCGUGCGCAACUACAGGAUGAAGCAGAUGGACAGAAGAAGAAGAAAGGGCGAGGUGUUGUAAAAGGUGUUAAAGCAGCUCAGAAGCGUUUUGCCAACGGAUCUGCGAAGCUAAAUAUUACAUUCUCUGAAACGUUGGGUGGUACGAUAGGAAUGAACUAUCGCUCAUUCAAGGAUGACGUGGUAGUGAUAAUGAAAAGGAAGGUACCACUCAUUGGGGUGAGGAGAUGGUCCGACAUUCACCCAAGUGUGCAUCGACUCAUUGUCGCAGAUGUGAUAGACAGAUGGGACCUAGAAGAUACACCGGAAACUGAAGAGAAAAUUCUCAGAAUUGCGCAAGAGCGAUAUAGAGGCUGGCGAUCAACUCUAAGCUCCACUUACAAGGCUUUCAAAACAGAUGAUGCUAGAUUGGCUAAUGUUCCGGAAGACUUACAACCAGAAGAGUGGGAAUGGAUGAUCAACUACUUCGGCAAUGAUGAAAAAUUCCAGGCACGCAGCCAAGUGAACUCCGAUAAUCGCAAGAAACAGAAGACAAAACAUAGAGUUGGAUCAAAAUCGUACGCCCAACUAAGUUUUGAGAAGAGAAACUUGGAAACUGGAGAAGAGCCGGAUUGUGUUGCUCUAUGGGAACUCACACACACGAAGAAUGGAACAUGGUCUAACCCAGAGUCCCAGGAAGUUUAUGACAAAGCACGUGAAGCGGUGCAGAACAAAGAAACUGAAACAAAAGGUCCACUAUCAACUGAGCAGAGAAACAAUGUUUUUCAGACUGCAUAUAAAGACACAGUUCAAUGCAAGUCAUCGCAGCCUCGUGGCUACGGGUACAUGGCCAAGCCCAAAACUGGUUCCGAAAGGUUUCGGAUGCGGAUUGAGGACCAAGCUCGUGUUGCGAGCUGAAACCCUGCAGCGAAACUCCGAGCUCAGCCAGCAUGUUAGCGAAUUAGAAGAACAAUUAGAAGUUGAGCGUGCAAACAUGCAGCAGAGUAUUGACUUCGAGCGCUCUGAGAGAGAGCAACUUGAGGUGAGGUUGCAAGAAGAGCGUGAUGCAAGAGAAAAAAUGGUGGAAGAGGAGCGAAGAUCAAGGCUCGAAUUUGAAAAAAAUAUGAUGGCAAAGUUCCAACAACAGAUGGCUAAAUUUAGCCAACAGAUGGGAAACCAACAGGUGCUUAAGAAGAGGAAUGAAAAAGAAAAUAUUAAUUCAAAUUUGCAAACCACUCUUUUAAAGAGCUCUAGUCCUAACAGAAAUCUAGGAGCAAAGUCAAAUUUGAUUUCUACAAAUUCACUCCUACAAGCUGCAACAUUGAAUUCUCGAAUGUACAAAGCAAUGGACCCAAAGAAUUAGCUGGACAGGGUUGAAGUACACGGAAAACUUCACAUACUUUAGAGAGUUGAACUACCAUGGUGGCAAUUAAUGGACUCAACUAUACUGGAUUGCUACAUUUUACUUUAGUUGCAUUUGAUGGAUAUUUGAUAUGAGAAUUAUGAUUUGUAUGAACCUACAUAUUAUACGCGUGGAUUUGAAUUUUGUAAUUCAAUGGUUGUAUUUUUUUUUAUGGUUGCGAUAAGCUAUUGCCACAACUCACUUUUUGUUGCCUUAGGUUAGCACCACGAAAAAUAUAGUGUUGCGUCAAA